UUCUCAGUUCUAUCACAUCAGAAGAAAAUGGCCGGAAUACCAGCAGAAGAAGAAAUUGGAGAUCUUCAUUAUGCCGCCGUACAAGCAACAAUAAACCAGUUUUAUGAGUUUCAUAACCAACUUUGCAGGGAUGGUGAUGAUCUUCCCGAUCAGAAUGCAGUCGCCAGGAUGCAAAACGAGGGUGCCAUUUUGUUUCCAAAGAAACAAGUCGGCAAUCUUCCAGGGGUUGGUAUUGGCCAACAAUUUUUCGCUUGGGGCGAACUGGAUGCAGUUGGAUUUCAUAGUCACGAUAAUGAAGUCAACUAUGGUUUUCAAGAUGAUUUCCCGGAGCAGGAAGAAUACAGAAACUAUACUUACCCCAUAGCUACUUCAAUUGCUGUGUUGUCGAUGAGGUGUUAUGAAGAAGUAGUCGAGUACUGUAUCACUGAAAGUGACCUGAAUUUUGACGAUAAAAUUCGUGCUCUCAAGAACAAUGAGGAGCAACGAAUUCCUCUACGAUUAAUUCGAAAACAUAAGCAUGAGGACAAAUCUGUUGGAAUGGUUCAUACGUACGAUGGAUUGUACGAUGUUGUUAAAAGUUUUGCCGAAGAGGGUGUUUCCAACGGGGUUAUGUAUCGUCUCAACCGUCGCGAGGGACAAAUAUUGACCCUCAACCAAGAUCGGCUUCUCAACGGCUAUCCUUUGGAGGAUUUGAAUGAUAUAGCUGGGAUAUCAUGUGACGAUAUUAGUGCUGAGGACCCGGAGAGAAUACCUAUUAUAGCAACCAAUGUGGUUGACGAUGCGCCAUUCUGUUUCCCCAAUUUUAGAUAUAGCAAAUCUAUGGUAUUUGCAAAAAAUGUGAAUCGGCCAAAAGACCCCGCCGGCUGCAAUUGUGUAGGAAGUUGUUCAGAUCCCUUGAUUUGUCCUUGCGCACGGCUUAAUGUCACGCACCCAUACUCGGAGGAUGGCAGAUUACCGAAUAGAAUCCCAAUAAUAUAUGAAUGUGGAAAGCGUUGUGCUUGCGGUCCUAGUUGUCAAAUCAAAAAGACACAGUGUGGAUUACAAUAUCGGCUGGAGGUCUUCCGCACUCCACAGAAAGGUUGGGGUGUGAGAACACGGGACUUUAUUCAUGAUGGCACGUACCUUGGCGAAUAUGUGGGGAAGAUCCGGACGGAUAAGGAUGCAGAUACAAAACCUGAUACGUACCUCUUUGAUAUCGAUCCACCGGGGAAGAAGAAGAAGAGAACAACAAGGGAUGCCAAUUAUUGCAUAGAUGGGGAGAAAGUUGGGAACUUUGUGCGCUUCAUUAAUCACAGCUGUGAUCCAAAUUUAUUCGUUCAACGUAUUCUGAGCCACCACCAUGACAUUAACUAUGCACGGAUAUCCUUAUUUGCUGGAAAGGAUAUAGCUCCGAUGGAGGAGCUGACUUAUGAUUACAACUACAAGAUAAACAGUGUUAAAGUAGAUGGCCAGAUUAAGAUGGUGAAAUGCCGUUGUUCGUCCAGAAGAUGUCGAAAGCGUCUGAUGUAGGUCUUUAAGAUGAGUGAUAUUGUAAUGAGGUCUUCUUUGUAGGAAUUGUAU